GCCUCACCAUGCCAGCAGUGACUUCAGGGAAGGCCUUGGUGACCGGAGCCAACGGCUUCCUCGCCAUGUGGCUCGUGCGCAAGCUGCUCGAGCGCGGCUUCUCCGUCCGAGGGACCGUCCGCUCCGAGAGCAAGAUUGCGCCGCUCAAGCAGGUCUUCGCCGAAUACGGCGACAAGCUCGAGUUUGCCAUCGUCGAGGACAUCGCCAAGCUCAGCGCCCAACAGGAGGGCGCGUUCGACGAGGCCGUCAAAGGCGUCGAUCUGAUCCAGCACACGGCGGCGCCCGUGCAUCUGAACGCCGUCGAGCCUGACGAGCAGAUCAUCCCCGCAGUGAACGGCACCCUGCGCAUUCUCGAGUCCGCGCUCGCGUUCGGGACGUCCGUUAAGCGCGUCGUCUACACCUCCACGUGCGGCGCGAUCCGCGAGCUCGGGAUGACGCCGCGGCGGUUCUCCGAGGCGGACUGGAACGAGCGUGCCGUGGCGGAGGUGCGCGAGAAAGGGCGCGAGGCGGCCCAGCUCGUGAAGUAUCAGGCGAGCAAAGUGCUAGCGGAGCGCGCCGCGUGGGAGUUUUCCGAGAUGAACAAGGGGAAGAUGGGGUGGGACCUCGUCGUGUGCAACCCGCCGUGGAUUCUUGGGCCGACGCUCCAGCCCGUGAGCAAGCCUGAGGAGAUGAACGAGAGUAUGAGGAUCUGGUACCAGGGGUUCAUCAAGGGUACGGACCAUCUCGGAAACCCACAGAAAAAGGAGUUCUUCACGACAUUUGGAAUGACCUGGAUUGAUGUCCGCGACGCUGCAGAUGCCCUGAUCGUCGCCGCUGAAAAGGAAGAGACAGCUGGCGAGCGUAUCAUCAUGUCAAGUGGACCUUGGAAGGGCCAAGACAUAUUGAACGCGGCGAGGAAGUUCUACCCCAAUGUACCUGUGGGCGACGAGACAUAUGACCCUGCGACAACGACGCACCUCACGACGUUUGACACUUCGAAGGCCGACCGACUGCUCGGUCAGAAGUACCUCACUCUCGAAGAGUCGACGCGUGACAUCCUCGAGCAAUUCAAGAGCAAGGGGUGGAUCUAAAGAGCGAGGAGUUAGUUGUACGAGACAUGUUCACAGCAGGAUGUACAGUACCGACAUGAGGUUGUGAUUUGUCACCG